UUGUUUCGAAAUUUGAAUUUUUCUUUUUCUUUUUUCCGAUUCUUUUAUUUAUUUCUUACCCACCAUACUCCUGCACAUGAAUGAAAUAGAAGACUGAAAGUUACUUUCCAUUGAUAACUAACUAAUGGUGAUCCUAAACGAAGAAAAUAAAGAAUAUCCGAAGGCCAAAGGAAAGGAUAACUUCUAUGGAAAGUCUGAUUACAUUGCUACCAAAGGAGAUGGAGAUGAAAUUCGACCAACAGAUCCCCAACUUGGUAUGAAAUUUAAAACUACAACUGAUGCAUAUGAGUUUUAUAAAAAAUUUGCGCAACGAACUGGAUUUCCUGUUAUGAAAAGCUCAGUUAAGAAAAACGUUCUAGGAGAGAUAAGAAGCUACACAUUUACUUGUGCUCGAGCGGGUAAAUGCGAUAGUAACGGUGAGAAACCAUUAAACCCACAAGUUACUAUUAAAUGUGAAUGCCCAGCAAGGAUAGUGAUACGAUUAGAUAUUUUAGUUGGGUAUGUGAUCAGCAAGAUUGAGUUGGUUCAUAACCAUCCACUAAACCCUGAUGAUACAAGAUUUUUUCGUUGUAAUCGGUACAUUAGCGCCCAUGUAAGGAAUCAGAUUGAUCUAUUUGAUAGAGCAGGUGUUAGGCUGAACAAAGUCUAUAAUAUAUGUACAACUGAACAUGGUGGUCCUGAAAAAAUGACCUAAGGAUUGCAGAAAUAUGGUUGAUAAGCUAAGGCGUAUAAGGCUUGGGGAAGGAGAUGCCGCUGCAAUUCUUAAAUAUUUUGCAAAGAUGAGUACGCAAAAUUCUGGUUUCUAUUAUAAGGUGGAUUUAGAUGAGGAGGGUCACUUGGAUAAGGUGUUUUGGGCAGAUGGUAGGUCUAGAGAAGCAUAUAAGGAAUUCGGCGACGUUAUCUCAUUUGACACUACAUACUUGGUGAACAAGUAUAAUAUGCCCUUUGCCCCAUUUGUAGGGGUAAAUCACCAUGGACAGUCGAUAUUACUUGGGUCUGGGUUGGUUUCCCAUGAAAAUUCUGAUUCAUUUGAGUGGUUAUUUUCUCAGUGGCUUGAUUGUAUGUCUGGACAUGCACCUCCAGCAAUAAUUACUGACCAGGAUCUGGCCAUGAAAAAGGCAGUAAAAAUUGUAUUGCCAAAUAGCAGGCAUAGAUGGUGUUUAUGGCAUGUGAUGAAAAAGUUGCCGGAGAAGUUUAAAAGCUAUAAAAACUAUGACCGCAUUAAGUAUUCAAUGAAGAAGGUAGUAUAUGAUACACAAUAUCCGUCGGAAUUCGAAACUAAAUGGAAGGAAAUGAUAGAUAAGUAUAACUUGUCCAAUAAUGAGUGGUUAAAGGAUUUGUAUGAAGAUAAGGAGCGUUGGGUACCUUGUUAUUUGAAAGGAACUUUUUGGGCUGGAAUGUCCUCUACACAAAGGUCUGAAAGUAUGAAUUCAUUUUCGACGGAUACCUCCGUCCACAAACAACUCUAAAACAGCUUGUAGAGCAAUAUGAGCUGGCAUUAAGGGACAAGGUAGAAAAAGAAGCUAUAGCUGAUGCAGAGUCUGCUUCCAAAAUGAUAACUACUGCCACUGAGUUUGAUAUGGAUAAACAGAUUCAGGAAAUAUAUACUUUAUCAAAAUACAAAGAGUUCCAAACAGAAUUAGUGAAGAAAAUUUACUGUGAAAUAAUCCGUCAAGUAGAGGAGGAUCCAGUAGGAACAUUCAAAUAUGUGGUUCGUGAAAGUGUGUGGUUUAAAAGGUUUGACAAACAGAAAAUUAAGAAACUGGUUAACUUUGAUGUGAUUUUUCAUUCAAAAGACUGUGAAGUUGCUUGCAGUUGCCAGAAUUUUAGUUUUAGAGGAAUUCUCUGCAGACAUGCUAUUAGUAUAUUAACCCGUCAAGGAAUAGAGUUACUACCUGAAAAAUAUAUUGUUAGAAGAUGGAGAAGAGAUGUGAAAAGAUCCCACACAUCUAUGAAGGUUAAUGUCAAUUUUUGGGAGAAUCCUGUUGAACGUGAACGUUAUAAUAGUUUGACUAUUUUGUUCAGUGAGGUUGCAGACAUGGCAGUAAAAAAUGGUGAUGAAUUCGAUAGUAUUAAACAUUGGUUGGUCAAGAAGCUGGAGAUGUUAAAGAAACAAAAAGAAAGUGCUGAGAUUGAACCAAAAAGUCUUUCCACCAGUGAGUGUAAAGAAGGGGAAGAAACAGAUGUGAUAGAAAAAAAUGGGGAAGAAAAUAAUUUGCAUGAAGAAGCCAUGGAUUCAGUUGGAGUGGGUGUACUUGAUCCUACAAGUAAGAGACAGAAAGGAAGACCACGAAGCACGGCAUAUAAAAAUACAUGGAAACCUAGUAACAAGAAUUAUUCAACCAAUGAUGCAAGUGUAUCUAAUGAAGGUGAUGGAGAUGUAGCUUUGGAAGUUCCUACUAUGACGAAAAAGAAACGAGGCAGACCUCCAGGUAGCAAAAAUAAGAACCAAAAUAUGAACACCAAUCUGGCAGGUGAUGGAAUUGUGCAGCAAUCUCAAGCAACAUAUGCCAUACAAGAGAGUGUCGUGUCCAAUGGAGUACCACCACAAGCGCCUGUAUACCAACCAUGGGGAUUAUAUCCAAUUCCCCAUUCAAAUUAUGCAGGACUGCCGAUGGACCCGAAUGCAGUGACUCAAGGGUCGUCGUUUUCUUAUCUGUCCGCCGUGCUUAAUCCAUGGAUGUUUGGAGGACAGUUUGGAUAAUGCAUAAUAUUGAACCUUGUGCUGAUUUUUGGUUUUUUUGGUAGUUAUUAUGUGAACAACAAAACUCAGCAACCUUACUUAUUAACUGUAUGAGUUUAUAACAUUG